GUUGAAAAUAAUAAUUAAAUAUCUUUUAUUUAUUGUCGAUUGAAAAUAUAUUCAGCUUAUAAUUCUUCUCAGUUACUGUUUAAAAUUAAAAAAAAUCCUUAUUUUGUAGAUUUUUUAGUUGUGAAAAUAGUGAAAAUGAAUGAAGGACUCAAUCAUAAAUGUAGAGCUUGUUUGGCCUUAGAUGAAGAAAUGAUUUCAUUCGACGAAAAGGUCAUUCUAAUUUUUAAUGACCUCACUAAUCUUGAGGUUAAAUCUAAUGAUGGAUUACCACAACAUGUUUGUAAGUCAUGCUGGGAUAUAAUUGAAUUAUUUGUUCAAUUUAGAGAGAGAUGUAUGUCUGUUAAUUGGUCUCUGCGGAAUAAUUUAAAAAAUUUGGAGCCUCUGGCGUCAACAGUAAAAACUGAAAUUGAAUGUAUAAUAGAACCUAAAGAUGAAUUAGAUGACACAACUUAUGAGGAUUUUGUCGAUAGCCCAUUAGAAGUUGUAAAUGAAAAUUUUCUGGAUCAAGUUAUUGAAGCAGGAAUACAACAUGAGAAAGUAAUCAAAAAUGCUAAGAAAAAAAAACGAAAAGUGACGAAGUUGAAUCCAAAAAUCAAAUCACUUCCUAAACAAUUGACAUGUGGUCUGUGUCCAGAAUAUUUUUGUCAGAAAAAGGAAAAAGAAUUCACGGAGCAUUUAGAAUUGCAUAAAAAGGAUAAUAAGUGUAAAAUAUGUUCGGCAGUGUUUGGUGAUUGGUACAAACUGUUUGCACACCGUUUAGUUCACUUGCCGAGUAACGAAAGGAAGUGUUACAUUUGUCAGAGAAAGUUCCGAGCGGAGUAUUGUUUAGAAUUUCAUUACAAAAAGGACCAUUCUAAUGAAAAGAAUGUGUCCAUACAGUGUACAGCUUGUUUGAAAACAUUCACCAAUGUGGUAAGACUAAGGAAGCACACGAAUGAGCUGCACAGUGGGAAGUUGUUUGUCUGUGACUAUUGCCGUCGAGUACCUCAUCUGAGGCGACCAUCACUUGGGGGAGAGAGGCGCAAGCGACUCUCCAUUGGGAGUAUCCGCUGGGAUAGCUUAGCAUAGAAAGUGCUAAGGCGCAUUUUAAUAUUUUAGAGUCUAAAUUUAUGUCAAUCGAUCCUGAAUCGAUUGACAUAAAUUUAGACUCUAAAGGUCUAAGGUAAGUCUAGAGGAUCGAGGAAUCGAUUGACAUAAAUUUAGACUCUAAAGGUCUAAGGUAAGUCUAGAGGCGCAAGCGACUCUCCAUUGGGAGUAUCCGCUGGGAUAGCUUAGCAUAGAAAGUGCUAAGGCGCAUUUUAAUAUUUUAGAGUCUAAAUUUAUGUCAAUCGAUCCUGAAUCUGUAUUUCAAUAUGGAAAUCUUAAUUUCAAAAUCCAUAAAAGUAGUAUUGAAUACACCUGUCUGUCACAUUAAUAUAAAAACCAAUCCAAAAAUAUGUGCUCCCAUGGAUGGAUUGAAAAUUUUAAAAUUACACUUCCAUUUUUUUUAAUGGUAUAGGAGGACAAACGAUCGUACGGGUCACGGGUGUUGUGAUCACUUAGAUCACCGCCGCCCACAUUCUCUUGCAACACCAGAGGAAUCACAAGAACGUUGCCGGGCUUUAAGGAAGGUGAACGCGCUUUUUUUGAAGGUACCCAUGUCGUGUCGUCCCGGAAACACCGCACAAGGAAGCUCAUUCCACAGUGUUGUAGUACGCAGAAGAAAGCUUCUUGAAAACCGCCACACAUUCAAAUGGUGGGGAUGAUAUCCUAACUUGUGGCGUGUCGUGCGAAGGUGGAAUUCGGCGGCAGGAAUCAAGUUAAACAGCUCUUCGGAACACUCCCCGUGAUAAAUGCGGUAGAAGACACACAAUGGAGCAACGUCUCUACAUAAGUCUGUUAUUGAAAAGGUUUUUUGGCAGCCGUCGUCAUCAUCAUCGAGUCAAGUAAACCAAGAAAUAUCCGCAUAUCAACGUCUCCCUGUUCAGUUCGCUCUUGUUUCUCUAUUAAUAUAGCAGCGCAUUUGUUUACAUGCCGUUAGGACCGUAACAUUACUAAUGUUCGUUGGUUGAAUAAAACUGAUUAUUCGAGGUAUACUUAAAAGAAACCAGCUUCACGUAAAGUAGUAGUUGUUUCACCUGACUCUUGCCUCCGAAUUCCACCUUCGCACGACACGCCACAAGUUAUCAUAUCAUCCCCACCAUCUGGAUGUGUGGCGGUCCUUCACAGUGCGGUUUUCAAGGAGGUUUCUUCCACGUACUACUACUCUGGGAAGAUACGACAUGGGCACCUUCAAAAAAGCGCGUACACCUCCCUCCUCACUCACGCGCCUGUGAUUCCUCUGGUGUUGCAAGAGAAUGUGGGUGGCGGUGAUCACUUAACACCAGGUAGGAACGCUCGUUUGUCCCCCUUUUCCAUGAAA